AUGAUCAUCUUGCGCAAUAAGAGUUAUGCCGUCGGAGAUUUUCUGGCGAAUGCGGUGGAGGUCGGUUUUUUGCCACCUUGGUUUUACAAGAUCUAUGAGACCCAGAAAUUUAAAAAGUUUUUUGAUAAUUUUGACACGAUGUACGACUACGCCGAACUAUUUAUCGGGAGAAGAAUCAACGAACUGGAGGAGAAGUCAUGCAAGCCAUCAAAGGAAACAGAGCGUGACCAAGCUGGCUUCUUCAAGUUCCUCCUGGCCAGCGGAAAGCUGACGAAGGAUGACCUGUUGGCGAGUGUAAUCGAUGUUCUGUUUGCCGGAAUUGACACUACGUCCAAAACGAUGCAAUGGGUUCUUUACAUGUUGGCCAAAAAUCCUGAGAAACAGAUUCUUCGACGAGAAGUGCUCUCAGUAGUGGUGGGAAAUUCUACCUUUGCAACGCCGGAAACGCUGGCUCGUAUACCAUAUUUGAAGGCCUGGUUACGAGAGACCCUCCGCCUAUACCCUGUUCUCUCCGCUAUCCCGCGAAGACCGAAAGAAGACAUAAUAUUAUUGUACUACCAUAUCCCUGGGGGCACUGCUCAAGUUGAGUUCCUUGUUCACCAAAUGGGGUGAGAUGAGGGUAUUUUUGAAGAUGCCGAAGCGUUUAAACCGGAGAGAUGGUUGCGAAACAAAGAUACCGCUUUGAUCGAAUCAGCAGAAGCUUUCGCUUCUCUUCCGUUUGGAUUCGGAACACGUAUGUGCCUCGGUCGACGUAUUGCCGAGUUAGAGCUUCAUCUGCUGAUGGCCAGAAUCGUACAGCAGUUUGACAUCUCUUACCCACCGGAGGCAGAGAAGGUGGAGCCGUUCAUGAGAGGGGUCACCAUUCCUGACAGACCUGUUAGAGUGCAGUUUGUUGACAGAAAAUGAGUCAGGUUUUCAUGUUGCCGCGUUCACACUGCAUUGCAACACUGUUUUGAGCUGAAAGUGGGACAAAUUCUGAUGACAAUUGCAACUCGUUUAAACAAUCCACACCUAUUGGA